AUGGCGGUGAUGGCGCAGCCGGCAGGGCCUCUUUGGCGCCAAGGGUUUGCCCCGGUGCAGAGUGACGAUGGGGCAGGCGUGGCGUCAGGGGCAGGAUCAUCAGAUCACUCUUGCCAACCUAAAGUCCCGUCCCUUCAAGAUACUGAUUCAGAGCUGCAAGAGCUACCACAACGGCAGGGCAGGGCAGGAACAAGAGCUCCUCUCCACCCUCGAUCCCUGCCUCUCGGGCUCAACCCCAGCGACGCCACAUCUGCGAUCAUGAUGUCGCAUCUGUCCCUGAACCUUGCGAGGACUUUGUAUGCCAGCGAUGGCGAAGGAGAUUGGGAUCGGUCAACGAUGUGCCUUGGCAGGUCCCUUGAUUCUGGGCAGAGCCUAUACCGAGAUGCACACAUAAACACUGGCGUCAAGGGCAGUGCGACACCAAUCCACUCGCUCCUACUUGAGAGACGAACUAUCGGAUGUCUGGCACUCGUGUUCCUUGCCGCGAGUCCCGUCAGGCGGUUUUUUGGUGCCGAUCAAUGCGUCGCCUUCUGA